AUGGACAGCACCAGCGCUUGCUUUACGCCCGAUGAAUUGAUCAUCUUUUCUGAUCUCGAUGAGAAAAUCCGGGAUCAUCAUGCUAUCGACAUUUUGGCCCAUCUGCCUAGCGCCCAUUAUAAUGCUACGACAUUCAAGAUGUGGGAGGAAUAUCUAGCCCAAAAAGAAAUGCAAGCGAACGGUGUAUUGGACACUGCAGCACAGGUAAAGCACAUAAAUGGAUGGGCGCUGGACAAGUUCAAAUUCUUACCUAUGAUGGAAAGAGCUUGGGCCAUGAAGCCGAAUAGAGACUUCUACGUCUUUUACGAAACAGACACUUAUAUUUUCUGGGACAACCUCUUCCGAUUUCUUCAAACGUACAACCCAGAUGCAAACGUUUACAUUGGCUCACCAUCUCCUGGACGCCGUGAUCCCAAACGGAGAGACCAAGGCACCCUCUUCGCUAACGGGGGCCCUGGAUAUGUGAUCAGUCGAGGCGCUAUGAAGACCUUUUAUCUAAAUCAUGAUGAUGAGUGUUGUGGCGAUAGCGUUCUGGGGUGGGUGUUAUGGGAGCUUGGUAUUCCUAUGCAUGGACACUGGCCUAUGUUCAGCGAUUACGGCCUUCAUGAUAUUCCCUUCAAUGAUCAGCAUUGGUGCCAGCCGCUCAUCACUCUACACAAAACAUCACCAAAAGAUAUGGUUGAUUUGUUCAGCUGGGAGUUUAGCCAACGGAAAUCCCAGGUCAGUAGCGUUCCAUACAUGUUUCAUACAACUAUUUGCUCCUUCUUCUACCGAGUACGGGCAAGUAAUGUUGAUCUGCUUCAUAGCUAA